CGUCAGCCUGCCAACAUUUGUCCGACGAUCCUCGAAUAGAACGGUUGUGUGUGCAAAGAGCUGUGGCUGUAAAGUGAGUGUGUUUUUGUUGUUGUAAGAAGGAUUCUGGCGGAUUCUAAGUCAAUCAGUGCACCAUCAGCUGUGAAGCAACAGUUGCGAAGAGAAGUGAGCUUCUGUAAUUGAAUUCCCAAGAAUAAAAACGAGUUGUGCUGUGAAUGAUUGGUGUGAUUCGCGAUAUGAAAGCAUAGCGAAUAAGGAUUGCAUUUUCAUUGAGUGAAGCGAACAAAAAAAAAACGAAUCAAAAUUCAAGAAUAAUUGUUCCGUGGAUUCCGUGGAACGAAAAUAACCAGUAGUUUGCAGUUGCCACGAUAUUAACCUGGUCCGGAUGUCGCAAAACAGCCACCGAGUCUUGACUAUGGAUAAGGGUCGACUUUCAACUUGUGUUUACUUGUGCUUCGCGGCGGUACUGAUUACUGCGUCACAGGGCCAACCAACCCGGCCCGAUCAACAACAGCGACAACAACAGCCAGGGGUAACCAGCAAUUACAGCAGCACCAGCAAUGCCCUCGCCCGGCCACAGAUCAAGAAGGAUGUGUUCAUGUCCCGGGGCUGGGGCGCCGCCGGCAUGCCCUUCAACAUGGUCUACCUGAACCACUACACGAAGGCGCACAAGGCCUACGCCCAGAACUUGCAGCUGCAGCAGCAACAGCAGGAGCAACUUCGCCAGCGCGAGGCCGACCAGAUUCGAUUGCGAUCCGGUGGGGUGAUUCGCGAGCAGGGCCUGGACCAGCCGAGGACGCUGCCGUACGGAACUCGUUACGCUGAUGCCUCCGUCGCUUCGGAACCCCAAACGAACGCCCAGCAGAGUGAAUUUGGCAACGGACAGCGCGAGGACGAGUACGCCGACAGUGGCGUGUACCUUUCGGCCAAACCCAGCUCACCGCGGCGGCAGUACAACGUGCCCCAGCUGUUUGUGUCGUACGGUUGGGGUCCGAUGGGUUAGAAUAAUGACCACUGCUGCUGCCGUUGCCGCUGCCGUCUGCACUAGGAUUAAUCUCUAUUUAUUGCAAUGACCUUUAAUUCCCCACGUUCCCCCCGCUCAAGUUAAUCAAUGUUUCGUGUGUAGGCCCCCAAAAGCGCCCUGUCCAGCCCAGGUGCUACUAUUACUGUGUACUAUUCCACACACACCAAAAAAAAGGAAAAGAAUGAUUGUGUCUCUAAAUGUGCCCCCUCAGCAAAAUGUGUACAAAUAGAAAAUCGAAAUAAAAAAUGAAACCUCAAAGCA